AGUACGUCAGCGGAAGUGUUCACGCAAACUGGGCGUAUGUUUUGGCGCCUUUGCGCACCGGAACCGUUUUAACAACUCGAGGAGGACUUCUUCUUUUUCUGGUCUUUCUUCUCGUUAUAAGGUCGUACAGUAGUCUUUUUUUUUUUUUUUUUUUUCUUAGCACGCAGUCUAAGAUGUCUCACACGGUCAGCCCGACCAUCACCGUCAGGACUUCCUCGUCCGACACCUUCUUCAACCUGGGAUACAUCCGAACCAUCCCGGGACUGCUCAAGAUGGCCCAAAUGGUGGCUUUGCUGGUCUCCUUCCUGUGCGUCCACUGCGCGCGGGGCUGGCCUAACUGGGCGGCGUUCCAGUACUUCGAGGUGGUGGCCAUUUGGUUCCUGGUGGUGCUCCUGGUCUUCUUCCUCAUGCACUUGUGCCGCCUACAGGCCAAGAUGCCCUGCAUCAAUUGGCUGCUCACUGAAUUCUUCCACUACUGCGUGGGUACAGUGCUGAUCGGCAUUGCCUCCAUCGUGGCAGUGGUGAAGAGUGGAGGGGUGUCUGCCCUGGUAGCGGCUUCCGUGUUUGGUUUCAUCACCACCUUCCUGAUGGCAGUCAGCUUGUGGACGUCUUACAGUGUCUCCUGCGGACCACACCACACUGGUGCGGCCGUGUAAUGUCCAGAAACAAAAUUAGCUGCCUCUGGAGCCGGCUCACUGUUCUGCCUAGCAACAAGUCGACAUGUAAUUAUGAUUCGAUGAGGUCUGGGCACGAAGGAGGGGAUCCAUGAGCAGUAUUGUUUUUUUUUUUUUUUUUUUAAUUCAGGAAAAAAAAAGAUGUCAGAAUGUUGGCCAUGCUUCAAAUAGUCACAUUCACGUCAUUGUUUCACAACAGCUGCAAACAAUCCAUAGUCAACUUCCUGACUAUUUUUCCCAUGAUUCCUGCUGCUUGACAAAAGUGUCGCGUUAUUUUUUGCUUUUUAUUUAGAGACCCAUGAGAGAGAAGCACCUUCUGUUGCCUGUUGUGUGCCAUAACAACCUCCCUGUGCCGUUUAUUUAUUUUAUUUUUUUGCUAACACAAUUUAACUAUCAUUGAACAUGCUAACUUUGCAAUCAGACACAAUGCUAAAACAUAUUUAUCGUUUGCCGAUCGCCACGCGAGGCGGAAGAAGUGUUAGCAUUUAGCUCGUAACCUCACAGACACGUCGCGUACCGUGUGAGGCUAAUGUCAUUUUGGUAACCUCACAAACAAACACCAUGCUGGUCAACUACUUUCCCCGCACGCACACAAUUCGCUAGAGAAAAGUGAUGUACUGCUAAAGCACUUUUGCCAUCAUCAGACAUACUAGGCUAAAGAUGUUAGCAUUUUGCCAGCUAACAUAGCAUUUUCAGCAUCAUCUGCACUUCGCCUAGGCUGAAGAAUUGGUAGCAUUUAAUAUGCUAAUCUCGCUAAUGGGCAAGUGGAGUAUUGGUUGGAUACCGGCCUUAUUUCAAUACUGGAUCCCGAUACUAGCAACUGAUAUAGGAAAAAAAUCUGGCAAUGAUUAAGUCUUCUUCACCAGUAUUUUGGCACUAAACUGCAGAGGUUUGACACAUCGUGGAAAGAACUAAGAAACGUAUUUUGAUGCUAAGUAUUUGUCAUUGUUUUAAUGAAAAUUAUAUUUAUAUAAAAAGUACCAGUAGUAUCGGUACUUGCUGUUUCGAUUGGUGACUACGCAAUAUUGAAUACUCGUAUUGGUCGGCAAAGUAGCAUCAAACAUCCUUAUUAAUCUUGCAUUCCGCUGCAAUGCCGAAGCACCCUCAUCAUCACCACCAGACACGCUAGGUUAAAGGAAAUGUUAGCAUGUAGCCCACGAGCCCCGCAGACACAAACAUCAGUCGCCUUCACCAUCACGUGCCACCUUCGGCUAAAGAAGUGUCACCACUUGGCAUGCUAACACAUGCUAAGGCUAAUGUAAUCUGUCAGUGUGCCAAUUAUUACCUCCUUACGGGUUACAUGCAAACUGUUGUCACGGCAACAGCCAGCUCAGCAUGCACGGUGCUAGUCUUUCGACAUCCCACCGAGAUCAAGUUUACACAAUGAUAACUAUUACAACAACAACACUUUUACGCUGAUCAAACAUGAUGUGAAAGCACACAAAGGUCGACAGACUGUUAAACAAAAACAACUUUGACGUUUGUAUAAUAGAUAGCAGUCGGGUUUGCAUGCCUGCUAGCGUUACGCGACCUGCAUGUGUAGCUCUCUGACCAAUCACAUUCCACUGAUUUUUACGUCCAAUCAUUUUUCAGGAUCCGAGCACCCUCUUGGAAUCACUAUUUAUUAUUUUGUAUCCUGGUCAAAUGUUUGUAUUUUAGGGGUCCCCAACAUGACGCCCAAAAAAAAAAAAAAGCUCCCGACACCAGUUUUAGCGACAUGAAAUUUAGUCAAUUUAUUGCAUAACGGGAGUCUCCAAAAAUGUUAAUUCAAGGGGAAAUCCCGUGGUUUGCAUGAACAAUGUAUCCAAUAGGUCGUGUAAUGUGUACCCUAUUUUGACAAUGUGAUGUUAAAUCCGCUCUCAUUUAAUAGUGUUUUGAGAAGAUUUUUAUCGAUAAUUACGAAUUUUCAGGGCCGCUGCCAUUUUCGCGAGUCAUGUGACUUAUGUGCGCGGAUGUGACGUGUACCGUGCCCCAACAAAGUCUUGAUUACACUGAUUUCUCGGAUUUAUCCCCAUCCGAUGAGAGAAUUGCAGUAUCGGUUGAUCGGGAAGACGGAGGAAUACUUCCAUAUAGAUUUGAACCUGUGGCCGUAAAGAAUGUUGAAUAUUCGGAUGGUUUUUCAGGUGGAAUGACGCGGAGUCUGACUACUCGGAGGGCUACGCGUGGGACGUAAGUGCGUAAACAAAGGCCCCCGGGCAGGCAGACACGGAUGGUUCUUUGGACGGGAAUGACGUAGAGUCUGACGAGCGAGCUCCGGCAGCAGCUGCGAGCCAAGGUUCCAGGCGGUAGAGGCCGUUAGCCCCAGACGCCAAAGCUAGGCUAACAGCAUCCGCUGCCACCAAAGGCGGGCCACGAUCUCUGGCGGCGGGGUGCGAGCUGAGCUUCGACGUCCGUGGAGGCCUUUAGCCGAGCUUCGGUGUCCGUGGCUAACGAGGUGGGCGGCGGAGGCCAUUAGCCCCGGACGCUGAAGCUAGCCUAAAGGCCUCCGCCACCACCAAAGCUAGCCUAAAGGCCUCCACCGCCUGAAAGCUCGUCAGACUCUGCGUCAUUCCCGUCCGAAGAACCAUUGGCGCCUGGUGGCCCAGAGCUCCCGUGGGCCUUUGUUUACGCAAUUAUGUCGCGCAUAGUACUCCGAGUAGUCAGACUCAGCGUCAUUCCACCCGAAGAACCAUCCGAAAAUUCUACAUUUACAGCUACGUGUUCAAAUCUGUAUGGAAGUAUUCCUCCGUCUUCCCGAUCAACCGAUACUGCUAUUUCUUCAUCAGAUGAGGAUAAGUCCGAGAAAUUAGCGCUGGGCAUAAAUGGUGUCCCACGUAAUCGAGCGUUUGGAACGGCACGGUACACGUCACAUACGCCCACGUAGAUCAUGCGACUCGUGAAAAUGGCAGCACCCCUGAAAAUUCGUUAUAGUCGAUAAAAAAUCUUCUCAAGACACUUACAUGAGAGAGGAUUUAACAUCACAUUGUCAAAAUAAGGUACAUAUUACAUGAACUAUUGGAUUCGCUGUUCAUACAAAGCACUCGAUUACUCCUUUUAAAGAGGAAGUCAUCUAUUUUGGUGUGACGCAGCUACUUUGGGCGAAUUACCCCACAGAAAAAAAAAAUCACCUCUCGAGAAAGGCAGGGCAGGCUCGCCGGUGGCAGGUCCCCGAUUGGUUUUCAACACUUAGAAUUGAUUUCUCCUCCUCGCUCUUCCGUCAUUUUCACCAUAGCGUAAACUCAAUCACAGCCAAGACCCAGUAAGGCGGCUUCACCAUCAGUCAAGCCCCAGUCACAGUGGAGGUUCCUAUCACUUCCUCUAUCUCCCUGCCUUCCCCUCUGCUGAAUCGACCCAAGCGCACACACGAGAUUGAGGGGCCUCACCGGCAGCUCGGCCACAGUCGAAGCGAUUAUUUAUUUAUUUAUUUCACGUAAGAGAAGUUGAUAAUGAAAUUGUCGGCCAAACUAACAAAUAAUUCCUAGUCAUCUUAGUGGGUCAAUCAUAAUCGGACGCAAAAAAAAAAAGAAAUCAAGCAUCCACGCUUGAAAUGAAAUAGCAAGUCAGCCGUUUUGUUUUGAAGCAAACAUUUUGGGCUCAUACUGACAGACAGUGGGCAUAGCAAGUUUGCAGACUUUUUUUUUUUUUUUUUUAAGGCUAAGGGCCCAUUUGUUUAAUUUACUUUUAUUUCUUCAGGAUACAAGUGAAUGUACAAUGAAUAUCAAUCAAAAUAUGACGUGACAAGCUAAUGUUCAAGGGGUAACAUUGGUGACACAGCAUGAUCAGUGUGAAUUACAUGUUAGCUGUUAGCAAAUACUGCAUACAAAAGUUUUGUUUUUAUUCUGAUUUUACACUUUUUGGAGCAAAUGCUGAAAGUUGUUUUUACAAGUAAUGUAAAUGUUUAAUUUUGAAUGAAUGUUGGCACACUUCCCCGAAGUGGCAUUGACUCCCUUCACGAUCGCAUUGGAUCAUAGCAAAUGAUGUAUUUAUAUUCUAGCAUCCAGUGAAUGUUUGAAUCCUGCUGCAACUUUUAUUUUCAUGCUCAUUAUUAUGGUUACAGUUUUUUGUGCACACGUGGUCUUAAAACCUCCAACAGAAUUGC